AUGGCAAAAAUUGACAAAAAAGCCCAGAGAGAAACCAUACAUGCAGAAAAGUCGAGGAUUGCAAUAAAAAACAUGGGGUACAAGGACAGCUCGCCACCGCUUGUUUCUAUCGUUGGCCCAAAAAUGUCUGGGAAAACCACUCUUCUCAACUCCAUGGUUGCACACUACUGGAAAGCACCAAGAGAGUUCGCAGGACCAGUAACCAUGAGCAUAAGGAACAGGAAGCACAUGCUCUGCGAGUGCCAAAGCGACAUCGAGAGGGUUAUAGACGCGAUCAAAGUGAGCGACAUGAUUGUCUUUGUGGUGAAUCUAAGGAUUGGACUUCAGAAGGACACGCUGGAGGCAAUAGGCAUGAUGAACAACCACGGAGUGCCAAAGUUCUGUUUUGUGCUAACAAACUAUGACCAGAAGAUUUCCAGCAAGGCAGUGAAGGACGUCGAAGUAAGGCUCCAGAAGGAGUUCAGCUUUCCGGUCAAGUUUUUCUGCCUACGAACAGCCGAGGACAAUCGCGAGCACUACGAGAACAUCCGACACUUCAUGAGGUACAUCGAGACAAUGAAGUAUCGGCCAGUCGAGUGGAGGUGUGUCCAUCCAUACGUUGUAGUCGAUAGGAUGAGAGGCGAGACAGCCUUUGGCUAUGUGCGGGGAGGGCCCAUUGGCAAGGAAGUAAGUGCGCACAUCCCAGGACAUGGAGACGUUGAGAUCACCGAUAUCGAGGUCUGCAGCGAUCCUCUGGGCUCUAGAUCCAAUGUGUUUUACAGUGUGCUAGAAGAGACAAACGACAACGAGGCGGGAGAGGAGUCGGGUGUCGACAGUAUAUUUUUGGAGGAAAGUAGCGGCCGAACGAGUCUGGACAUGGAAGGUGAAAGCAGCCAUUCAGACGACAACGGCAGUGACUUGAGCAUGCUGAAGAAAAGGACCAGGCACAGGUUCAAGCCAGCAGUUUCUGACGAGGAGGGCCUUGCUGAAAGAUUCAACGAAGAAUACAGCGACGAUAAGAAUAGCCCAGGCAAUGUCCUGGAGAAGAUGAAGAGUACUGAGCUGUCCAACCAGAGGAAAGUCGAAGAAUGCCAGAAGCUAAUCAUUCCCGGGACGUAUGUCCGGUUCAACCUGCACAACACUAGCUUGGACCCGACCAAUCUCAUAGUCGUUGGGACAUAUCUUCCCACAGAAGGCACCAAUAUCCUUCUGAAGGGCAAGGUCAGUAAAAACAAGUGGCAGACGUUUGAUCUAAAGUCCAAUGCACCGUACUUCUUCUCAGUUGGGUGGUGCAGGUUCCAGUCUGUUCCAGUGUUCUGCAGGAAUGGCAGGUUCUCGAAGUACUGCAGAGAAUUCUCCGAGAUACUGUUCUAUGGCCCGUCGGUACCCCUGGGCUCGUCUUUCUUUAUUUACAGCUACGAUGCAGACUACAAGAUUCUGGGUGCGGGACAGAUUCUCGACAUAAGCGGUAGAAGCACUGUGAAAAAGAAGCUAAAGCUCAUUGGACACCCCAGAGCAGUCCUUGGGCAGAACGUGGUUGUGCAGUCUAUGUUCUCAACCAGCAAGGAGGCAAGCAGGUUUGUGAAUGCGCGCCUGAGUACGGCAAGUGGUCUCAGGGGCCUUAUCAAGAGUGCCGUUGGGAAGGAUGGGUGUGUCAGGGCGGCAUUUGAGGGGUCUGUCCUCAUGUCCGAGACUAUCUUCCUAAAGUGUCUUGUGCCUGUUGAGCCGCUUGCCUACCUGCAGCACACCACCCCCAGUGCCGAGUAUGUCAGGCAUCUGAAGGACCUGGGACAGAGAGGGGAUGAGCCAAGUAGCUGCAGCGAAGACACCAGCAUC